AUGGCCGUCGGAUCUAGCAAACAAAUCAACUUCACCGAGUUCUACAACCUCAUCGACGGAAAGCUCGAAACCACCAAGGACACGCUUCAGAACACCAACCCUUCUACACUCGAGAAGAACCACCCAGCGCCGGUUGCGACCCAACAAGAUGUUGACAGAGCUGUAGAGGCUGCCAAGAAGGCAUCUGAAUCCUGGUCUGAGGUCCCAUGGGAGGAGCGACAGGCCCUAGUAACCAAGUAUGCCGAGGGUAUUGAUGCUCUCAAGGAUGAAUUUGCUCACUUGCUGGUCAAGGAGCAAGGAAAAUCUCUGGCAAUGGCCCACUUCGAGAUCAUGUUGUCUGUUCAGUUCCUCAAGGGAUACGCAUCACUGCCUGACCCUCAGCGGGUGAUUGAGGACAAGCCAGACUGUAAGGUCGUCACAAAAUACGUUCCUCUCGGUGUUGCGGUCGGCAUCGUGCCUUGGAACUUCCCUAUUUUCUUGACCACUGCCAAGAUCGGCCCAGCUCUAAUCGCCGGUAACUCUUUCAUUCUCAAGCCCUCACCUUUCACUCCUUACUGCGGAUUGAAGCUCGCUGAGUUGGCUUCCCAGUACUUCCCCUCAGGUGUCGUUCAAGCACUCAGCGGUGACGAUAACCUUGGACCCUGGUUUACCGCCCACCCCGGCGUGGACAAGAUCAGCUUUACUGGAUCUACAGCAACUGGAAAGAAGGUCGUAGCAAGCGCUGCACCAACGCUCAAGCGCGUCACCCUCGAACUGGGUGGUAACGAUCCCUCCAUUGUCUGCGAUGAUGUUGAUGUCAAGGAGGUUGCUCCCAAGAUUGCCUUCGCAGCGCUCAUGAACUCUGGUCAGCUCUGCAUGGCCAUUAAGCGAGUUUACGUCCAUGAGUCCAUCUAUGACGACUUUGUGAAAGAGCUAGCCGCAGCCGUCAACAGCUUUACUGUCGGUGAUGGUAUGGAUGAAAAGACAGCUCUGGGUCCUGUUCAGAACCAGAUGCAGUUUGAUAGAGUUAAGAACCUACUCGCCGAUAUCGAGUCCAACGGUUACAAGCUAGCAGCUGGCUCGACCAGUGCCUCAACUGCUGGCAAGGGAUACUUUAUCACCCCUACCAUCGUUGAGAACCCCCCCGAUGAGUCUAGAAUUGUGGUCGAGGAACCAUUCGGCCCUGUCUUCCCUGUCUUGAAGUGGACAGACGAAGCGGAUGUCCUCCGACGUGCCAACGAUACCGAUAUGGGUCUUAGUGCUUCUGUCUGGACUAAGGAUAUGGAGAAGGCCGAGAGACUGUCCUCCAAAAUCAAGGCGGGUACGGUUUGGGUUAACAAUCACGUUCAGCUCAACCCUGCCGUUCCCUUUGGUGGUGCUAAGCACAGUGGUCAUGGUGCUGAGCAUGGUAUUGAGGGUAUUAAGGCGUACUGCACUACUAAGUCUCUGUACUUUAAUACGGCUUAA